AUGGGCGGAGCGAGGAUGGGAGUAGUAAUUGCAUAUUCAAAUCGUUAUGGUGGAGAGACUUGUGCCUGGGUGGGGUUAAAGACAAGUAGAGGUGGGGGAAAGUUUGAAUAUUCAGUAAAGGAAGCGUAUCAAAAGAUCUCGAAGAGUAAGGUGACGCUCGUAGAAGCUAACAAAGAUUUGACGGCUGCUUGGAACUGUCUUGUUCCUCUUAAAAUCUCGAUCCUUGCGUGGAGAAUAUGGCAAAAUAGAUUAUCCAGUAAGGAUAACUUGGUAAAGAGGGACAUCUUAGUUGAAUCUCAAAAUUCAUGUUCGUUUGGCUGCGGUAAAGAGGAAAAUAUCUCACAUAUUUUCUUCGAAUGUCCGCCGACUCUGACAACAUGGAACGAGGUCCUAAGUUGGCUUGACUUUACGUUUGUUUUGCAUAACUCGUCUUGGCAGAAUUUUGUACAAUUUACAGGUAUUACAAAUGGCGGCAGAGUUUUCAAAGAAAGGUUCGCUAUCAUAUGGUUGCAGCUAUCUGGAACAUUUGGAAACAAAGCAACGAAAAGAUUUUUAAAAAUACUGAAUUGCAUAGCAGAUAUGCUAUUUUUGACAUUCAAGUUGUUUCUUGGAGAUGGCUUGAGUCAAAAAUCAAGGGAUUUAGUUAUGAUCUAUUCCGGUGGAUAUCAAAUCCGAAAGCGUGUAUUGGCUGGACAGAUUAGACAGAUUAGAGGUAUUUCCGCGGUUGCUGGCUAG